AUGAAUCCCGCCAGGAAAGCAGUGAUCUGGACGGCAGGCUGGCUGCUGCUGCUGCCAUUGCUGCUUCAGGAAGGAGCGCAGGCCCUGGAGUGCUACAGCUGCGUGCAGAAAGCAGAUGACGGUUGUUCUCCGCAGAAGAUGAAGGCGGUGAAGUGCGCGCCGGACGCCGACGUCUGCACAGAGGCGGUGGGAGCUGUGGAGACCAUCCACGGGCAACCCGCGGUGGCAGUGCGGGGUUGUGGCUCGGGACUCCCCGGGAAGAAUGACCGCGGACUGGACCUUCACGGGCUUCUGGCCUUCAUCCAGCUGCAGCAGUGCUCCCAGGACCUGUGCAACACCAAGCUCAACCUCACCUCGGGAGCACUCAAUCCCGCAGGCAAUGAGAGUGCUUACAAGCCCAACGGCAUCGAGUGCUACAGUUGCAUGGGGCUGAGCCCCGAGGCGUGCCAGGGUUCGGCGCCACCCGUCGUAAACUGCUACAAUGCCAGCGACCAUUUCUACAAGGGCUGUUUCGAUGGCAAAGUUACCUUGACAGCAGCCAGUGUGACUGUAUCCUUGCCCAUCCGGGGCUGCGUCACGGACGAGUUAUGCACCCGCGAUACGGUGACAGGUCCAGGCUUCACGCUCAGCGGUUCCUGCUGCCAGGGAUCCCGCUGUAACUCCGACCUCCGCAACAAGACCUACUUUGCCCCUCGAAUCCCUCCCCUUGUCCUGAUGACCGCUUCCCAGCCCACCACUCCGGCCCUGACCACUUCUGUCACCACAUCGACCCCAGCCCCACCCACCACUUCUUCCACUACCAAACCCAGCCCAGCGCCAGCCAGCCAGACUCCUCCGGAAGAGAAGAAGGCAGAACCUGAGGCCUCCCAGGAAAACGGGCCCACCUUGGCUGGAGGUGCUGCCGGCCACCAGGACCGCAGUAAUGUGGGGAAGCGCCCCGUCAAAGGUGAACUCCAGGACCACUCCAAGGGCUCUUCAGCUCCCAUGGUCGGAUUGGCGACUCUUCUGUUGGCUGUGGUUGCUGGCGCCCUACUGUGA